CUGCGGCUCCCGAGCCAUUUGUGGCUCUUUCACCUCUGUGCUGCGGCUCCCUGUGGCUUUGGGAAAUAAUUGGUCAGUAUUUAAUUAAAAUGUAUUUUAUGUUAGUUUGUUAGCUUUUGAAAUGUAAUUCUAAAUUUGAAGAUUAUGGUGAUCUUGUACAAUCUAAGUGUGGCGACACAUUUCCUGGCACAUCCGAAACGGCUCACAAUUAGCCAGCAUUCCAGCUAAGGGAGAUAGCCUACGGGGGUUUGUGAGUACGCGUCUUUUGCAGCAUCUGCGUCCAUGGGGGCUGGGUUGAGGGAGGCUUAAAAGCAAGGCUGUUUAGUUCGAAUAAAGUUAUUCGACUGCAGUUUACUGACUGCGUGAGCACACCGCUACAACGUGUUUUUAUCGCUAUUAAUAUACGUCACCACUGCCAAUACCUGACACCCGCCAGUGCGCGAUUUCUUUAAUUUUUCGAUCCAAGGUAAGCCAACUAUGGAGAAUUCUAAAAAAAGAAAAGUGACUGAAGAAAACAGAACGUUUAAUGAUACGUGGACAGAUUCAUUUGCUUUCACUGUUGACGAGACUGGUUUACCGGUAUGCUUAAUAUGCAAUGAGAAACUAGCAAACAACAAAAAGUCAAAUGUCGCAAGGCAUUUCCAGAGUAAACACGCAGCCUUUGCUCAAAAAUAUCCGGAUGGAGAUGAGAGAAAAAAAGCCGUUUCGGAACUGAUGCGGAAGGUUGAUCUGAGCAAAAAUCAUUUCCAGAAAUGGAUGAAGUCUGGAAAAUCAACGACAUACGCCAGUUAUAUUGCCGCUCAGGAAAUAGUCAGGCACGGGAAGCAGUUUACAGAUGGUGAAUAUAUAAAAGAAUCUUUCAUUAAGAUUUCAGAACAUCUAUUCACGGACUUUAAAAACAAGAGUGAAAUUGUGCAGAAAAUCAGGGAUAUGCCCCUCUCUGCAAAGACUGUCAAAGACAGAACCAUAAAAAUGGCAGAAGACAUCACAAGACAGCAAAUUAAAGACAUCAAUUCAGCUGUGGCCUACUCGAUUGCCUGUGACGAGUCUAAAGACAAAGGUGAUAUUGAACAAAUAGCGUUGUUCUGCCGGUAUGUAAACUCUGCCGGGCCACAGGAAGAACUGAUUGAGUUGAUACCUCUAAAAGACCAAACACGGGGGGAGGACAUCUGUGAGGCUGUCUUGAAUUGUUUAAGAGCCAAAGGAAUAAAGACCACCCAUCUGGUGUCAGUAGCUACUGAUGGGGCUCCGAAUAUGACGGGAACGCACAAGGGAUUUGUGGCUUUACUGCAGAAGUCGCUGGACAGAAAGCUGCUGACUUUUCACUGCAUCUUGCACCAAGAGGCACUGUGCGCUCAAACAUUUCCUCCGGAAUGCACAGAAGUAAUGGAUGUUGUCAUUCAGAUUGUCAAUAAAAUAAUGGCAAAAAGUUUAAAUCACCGUCAAUUCCGUUUGUUACUGGACGAGAUGGAAAGCGCAUAUUCUGAUCUCCUGCUGCACAACAAAGUCCGGUGGCUGUCCAAAGGGGAGGUGCUGAAACGCUUUGUCGCGUGUCUGGAAGAAGUGAAAACUUUCCUGGGCAGCAAAGGGCUCACCUUUCCUGAGCUGGAACAGCCAGAGUGGCUGGAAAAGCUACACUUCAUGGUAGACAUGACAGCGCACUUGAACACGCUGAACACAGCUCUUCAGGGGAAAGGACGCACAGCCCUGCACAUGUUGGAGGAUGUUUUGGCAUUCGAGCGCAAGUUGACAGUGCUUGCCAGAGAUUUACAGAAAGGCACUUUGUCUCACUUCCCCAAUUUGAGAGAGUUCAAACAAGGUCACGACAUGAUAAUUUCGGAGUAUUUACAUUCUGCAAUCAUCGCAAUGCAAACAUCGUUUGGGAAACGCUUCUGUGAGUUCAGAGAGGAAAAAAACACAUUAUCCUUCCCGGUCACUCCCUUAAGCAUCGAUCCUUCCCUACUGAAUACGACUGCAUUGGCAGGUGUGAGUCAACCUGAUCUUGAGAUGGAACUGGCCGACAUAGCCGACAAAGACAUAUGGGUGUCCAAGUUUAGACGCUUGACAGCAGACCUUGAAGAUGUUGCCCGUCAGAAGGCCGUUCUUGCUCAGAAUCACAAAUGGAGUGAUAUUGAAAACCUUCCAAAACCGGACAAACUUGUGUUCGAAACAUGGAAUGCUAUGCCCGACAUUUAUGUAAACAUGAAAAAGUAUGCGCUUGGAGUCCUGUCGAUCUUUGGAUCCACAUAUGUAUGUGAGCAGGUGUUCUCCAACAUGAACUUUAUUAAAAACAAACAUCGCGCACGCCUCACAGAUGACAGCUUGCGAUCCUGUGUAAAGAUGAAGGUGACGUCAUACAGCCCUGAUGUGCAGACGCUGUGCGCUGAGGUCCAGGAGCAGAAAUCCCAUUAACCAAGCUGACAGCUGGCUG